CUCUUGGCUUAUCAGCUUCCCAUAUUCUCAGAUUAUUAGCCUCUUGUAUUCUCAGCUUCUCAGCUCCUCAGUUCUUCCGCUCCCAGGCGUGUUCUCUGGUUUUCAGACCCUAUAUUCACCACCUUCCCAGGUCCCUAGCUUCCAAGUUCGCUAGUCCAUUCACUCGCCAGCUUUUUCUUUGUAGCAAGGUAUGUAUUGUGUCCCCUCCAGCUCCCUGUCUCGGCUAUUUUACAGGAUCGUUCACAGAGUACUAUCAUUGGUAGGAACCUCGAUUGUAUAAUGAUGUAAACCACUUGUCAACGAUGAACAACGAUAGCUUCUAUUUCCCGCCCGGCGGGCACCAGGUCAAUGAGUCCUAUUGCCCGGGUCAGCCCGUCCAGUAUGCCAACGAGGCAACCCAAAGUGCUUUACAUGAUUGGGAAUCUAUAAAGAACUCAUUUCAACCAUACGUGAAGGCCAUCACGCUGCAGCGUUCUCGAUGGGAGUCGUGGGGCCAAGAUGGAAGAGAGCUAGUCAGGCGUCAAGCACUCAAGCUCUUCCACACCCACAGAGGUAGUCGAAACGUCGAUUACAUCUUGGAUCUGCGAAAUAUAGAUGCCAUUCACUUAGGGAACCCUGAAGAAUUCGCACAUGAUCCCCAAAGCCCUCUGAUAUGGAUAGAACACGGAGGCCGACCAAUGGCCGCCAUCUCUAGUGCUUGGUCAAGUCUUCAACGUCAGCAGGCCUCGAACACUAGGGAGACAAUGUCUCUCUCCAAUAGCAUGCACAACGAGCAGAACCCACAAACCCCGGCCCAAGUCCAAGGUAACACACAAGCAGGACUCGAUCCCCUAGGCAACGUGAUUCGAGUGCCACAGGCUCAGCAAGUCCAGGGGAAUGUCCAGGGCCAAAGUACAUGGCAACAACCUGGAAUGGCUCUCUACGAUUCACACUGGCAGCCAGUCGAAAUGACUCAUCAAGGACAAGUAGCGCCUUUGUCACGAGUUCUACCCGCCACUCAAGAAUUACCGACGCUCGAGGGAAAUCCCUCAGCGAAGAGGGCCCCGUCAUCAAUGAUAGAUCCUAGGCUUUUCAAGACUCCGCGACUGUCCGAGAAUGCCACCAGGGCUAUCACCGCUGAAGUGGAGCGGGGAGAGGGUGCAGAUCAGAGCAACAAAAGGUUCUCUAGCGAGGGCUUUGCACAGAACGAAGAUAGGGACCGCGGCCCUCCGGGCGACUAG